AUGGAUCAUACAGGAGACCACAAGGAUCAUACAGUAGACUACAAGGAUCAUACAGGAGACUACAAGAAUCAUACAAGAGACUACAAUGAUCAUACAGGAGACUACAAGGAUCAUACAGGAGAAUACAAGGAUCAUACAGUAGACUACAAGGAUCAUAAAGGAGACUACAAGGAUCAUACAGGAGAAUACAAGGAUCAUACAGGAGAAUACAAGGAUCAUACAGGAGACUACAGGGAUCAUACAGGAGACUACAAGGAUCAUACAGGAGACUACAAGAAUCAUACAGGAGACUACAAGGAUCAUACAGGAGACUACAACAAUCAUACAGGAGACUACAGGGAUCAUACAGGAGAAUACAAGGAUCAUACAGGAGAAUACAAGGAUCAUACAGGAGAAUACAAGGAUCAUACAGGAGACUACAAGAAUCAUACAGGAGACUACAAGAAUCAUACAGGAGACUACAAGAAUCAUACAGGAGACUACAAGGAUCAUACAGGAGACUACAAGGAUCAUACAGGAGAAUACAAGGAUCAUACAGGAGACUACAAGGAUCAUACAGGAGAAUACAAGGAUCAUACAGGAGACUACAAGGAUCAUACAGGAGACUACAACAAUCAUACAGGAGACUACAAGGAUCAUACAGGAGACUACAAGAAUCAUACAGGAGACUACAAGGAUCAUACAGGAGACUACAACAAUCAUACAGGAGACUACAGGGAUCAUACAGGAGAAUACAAGGAUCAUACAGGAGACUACAGGGAUCAUACAGGAGAAUACAAGGAUCAUACAGGAGAAUACAAGGAUCAUACAGGAGACUACAAGGAUCAUACAGGAGAAUACAAGGAUCAUACAGGAGACUACAAGGAUCAUACAGGGGACUAA